GCCUCGUCUAGUGGGACUACUGCCUCAACUACGUCUUCUGGAAAUACAACCUCGUCUGGAGGAGCAGGACCAGAAGGAGAAGUACUUGCACCACCGCCGUCUCUUCCGGCGACACCGAAGUCACUGGGAGAAGGCUUGCUUGCUUCUCAACCUGAUAUUACAACAGGUCAAUACGACAACUACGUUCAACUUCAGAGUUCUCCCGCCUCGUACCUUGCGCAUAGUUCUGCUCCAUCCAGUCCAACGUACUACAAGCCUUUUCCAUCAACACCAGUAGAGCAAUUGCCAAAUUCCUUUGCUCAACCAUCGCACAACUACGCAAUGAGUUCAGGCGCAUCUCUUGCCGCGUCGUCUCAUGGUCCGCGUUCGCCGGUCGCGCAGCAGAGUGCUAUGAUUAUGAACAUGGAUCUGAGCAGCCAGUCGUAGCUGAACUAAACCAAUGAAGUUUUUACUGCUCUACUCAAGAAGAUUUUAUCUUGAUGUUCUUCAUCAAACUUUCUCAGCGACAAUUAGCGUUAGUACCUGUACCGUUGUCGUGACAAUUUUCCUUUUGAUCUCCUCACCCCUCUCCUUCAUCCCGCGAGGAGAGCCCACGAAGGAGCUGAAGCCAUUGAAGAAAACGAAUUUUGCGGAGGAUCUUAUGCGCUAUGGCAUCUUCCCUCCAAGUGUGCACCAGCCGUCAUGCACCUAUACCAUCAACGUUCAGGCUCACCUAGAUUCGCUUCCUACGCGUGCCGAGUUCCAAACUGCGCUGUUUAGUCACUGGGUCAAAAGGUACUAGUAGUACUCAAGCUUUGAUGUAGAAGCAAAUGCGUGGUCAUUAUAUCAUGAAAAACUUUUCCCGAACAGCACUAACCACCUGUAGCUAAGGGGCUCCAACUACUCCACACAGGUUUGAACGUCCACGCAGUAUAUUGACAGAGGAUGGGAACUUUAUGCGACUUCCGCUAGACGCGUUGGACUGGGAUUACCACCUAAAGGGACCAAUCGACCUCGACGACAGUAUGACAGUUGACGAAUACCUCGACCACCUGUAUCAGGGAUACUUUCCGCCAGCUGCAUUAUGAAGAAGGGGUUGCAGCUCUUCGAAAUUCGUUUUUUUUUACUUAUUUGGAUUUCCUGCUUAGGUGAGCUGAAGAACAGAACUCAAAUAUUAAGCAAGAGCAAUUACUUCGCCAAAAAUCGUUUUGGGUCUUCUUCACCACCUCGUCAUUCUACUUCUCAGAUGAAGAACGCGCUUCUGCGCCAGUUUUCGUCCACGACCUCAUGCUCAUUCUCAUCCUCCAACCCCUACUGAACUUUCAUCUGCCAGCGUCAACGGUGGUCAGCGACAGGAUCAGGAAGGAAGUUCCACCACUUCCUCCUCUUCAGGAGGCGUGAUAGAACCUGCUCCGGUAAAACCAUUAUACCGCAAUAACUCUUUUAGUUUUUCUCGCGUUUCAUCAUCGGGGGGCGGUGGACACGGAGCAGUGACGAUUCCAGCAUCCUCGCCGCGGGGAGGCCGUGCGAAAUUACCUGGUCUUGUUGGUGUUUUAGACCAUGAAUCAGGGCAACGUAUCUCGGCACCCCAUCCAGGACGGAUGUGCGACUUGGAUCCGAGUCGACCGCUUUGGCAAGCGCACAUGAUCAGAGGGAAAGUCUCCCGAGACAACCCAGCGCCACUAUCAGAGUUACUUCUCGAGCCAAAGUUCAAAAAUGCAAACGUCAUCGUCUUCCGGGUUCAUCACGCUCUGGCGGACGGGCUGCGCGUGGCGCUGGCGGUUAACAAAGGUACUUUUGUACCUAGAGGUGGUGAAGAAGUACCACGCGUAGACCUAGUUCUUGCAUAUGUGGUGAAGACUGAAGAAGUACCACGCGUAGACCUAGAAGUUGCAUAUGUACUAGUUUGCUACUGGAAUCGACGACUGCAUAUGUAGUCUGCUACUGGAAUCGAAGACACGAAAUCUACUUAAAUGUAGUAGAAGACAACUACUACAGGCAGCUACUUAGUACCUACAGGCACAGCAUCGUGUUCGUGACGAUCAUCUACUUUAUAGAUCCUAGACUAGUUCCUAGCGCGGUUUAUAGAUUCCUAGUAAACCUUCUUCAUUGAGGUAUCCUCAGCGACGCAGCUGGCGCUCCAGUCGAUUUCGGGAAGUUCGGUAAUGAACGCGUCCAGGCAUUCUUGAAAAAACGUGCACAAAGAGGCUUUGUCCAAAGAGUAACGGAUGGGCUUGGAUUUGCGGGAUCUAGCGUCCUUUCCUCUGGCGCUCUGUUGAAGCACAUGCUUGGUCUGCCGAAGCAAACGCUGACGUCUUUCACUGGCCGUCAAGACUCUGCUGAGCAUGCGGAGGAAGGCCUUACCUACCGGAAGUUCCUCUAUUUUCCACCCUUGGACUUGAACGCAGUGAAACUAGUGAAAACGAUUUUGUCGAGGACAUUAUGAUGGAAUUGACUUUUACUCAAUAACAUCACUUUUUCCUUUCAGAUUCAAAAAGUAAUUAACUAGAAGGUUAGUGCUAGUUAUGGACCUAAUAAAGAUUAACUAUUCCACUAUCGUCUAGAACAACUGCUUAACUAGAAGAUGAAAGAUGAAAACCAAUACAAAUCUAGCCCUAAGUAAAGCCGUUGUAAAGGAGGGUGCGACGUCGACCAAAAGCAAAAGCAUCGCGGAAAUGCAAGACCAUCAGGACCUUGCUUUGCCGCCAGGAAUAUGCCGAGCGCGUCAAAAAGAACAUCAACAUGCAGAGGCUGUAGAGGGAAAAACAGUACCACUUCCACCGAAAGUGUUGCCAGACCACGACCCAUCAUCACAGAAUCAGCAGAAAGAAAGAAGUGACGAAAUUUUCUCGCAGCCACGUCUCGAUGACGAGGUAGAGGACCCAGACGAAGAUAUAUCUAUCCUUGCAGCUUCGCAAAUGGGAGGUUGUUCUAGUACUUCAUCAUCUUCUGCCGUAGGAGGUGGAUCUUCUUCGUCGGCGUGCAUUCAUAAAAGAUCAGUAGGAGGAGGAACUGGAGCUACUCUAAAUGAUGACGAAGACAGUAGUAGAGCAUGCCAAUCUCCAACUACUUCAACGAAGUAUUCCUUUGAAAUUGAAGACGCAACGACAGACAAGAAGAAGGGAGACAAACCAAAACAGGCAAGCAAGUGUUCCUCCUGGUUAUCGGACUCCUUAAUCGUCUCAAAACUUCGUGUCGCGCUAGCACAACUACGCCGCUGUGGUCUCCCAAUCUGCCUUAUGUGGCGGAAAAUAGCGGCUGUGGUCUCCCGCAAUUAUUUCCGAGGAAAGCGGGGUCUUCUCUCUGCGCCUCAAAGCCUGCUAAAGAGGAUUAAAGGAUUGUCACUAGCAGAGGUUAUGGCCCAAGAACAAAUGUUGAAGUACCGAUCUCUGAGUUGUUCAUUCUACUUUCUCUUUGAGAAAGAAGAGAUGCAAGAAAAAUUUGUAGAAAAAUUAGUGAUAGUUCUUGUUACCACCUCUAAGCGGCCUCCAGAAUCUGAAGGAGCGAACCCUAAGCGCGAUACGUCUACGACCGUGGUCUCCGUAAACGACGUACUGCAGUCAUGCCUUUUCGGAGCCAUUGCUAGGUACAUGGAAAAGACGCGCAAAGACCCCAUGAUGCAACCACACGAUUCUUUUCUGAUUCCUACGCCUAAAAUACGGAAGCAAGAGAAGAAACGGUUCGGAAGGUCUGCAAGGCGCAGGUCAAAUCAGAGGGUGACCAUGCACUCAGCGGCAUUUAUGGGAUUUCCGGAUAUGGUCAUGCGUGACGGGGAAAACGACACUGAUGAUGAUGACCACGAUCCUGAUUGCCUGCAUAAUGACUGGGUUUCCCUUAUGGGACAGCGAGUGCCGCUUUGGAGCGAAACGCAUCAAAGACCAUACUCGGCGAUAGUUAAGGCUUGUUGGGCUAGUUUUUACCUCGUCGUGUUAUUAAUGCAGUUGUUCUAGACGAUAGUGGAAUAGUUAAUCUUUAUUAGGUCUCGUCGUGUUAUUAAAUCAGAACUACAACUACUUAUCCACCUUCUGUUGUUGUUGAUAUUAGUUGACAUCAAUGACAUUGACAACAACUUCAACUACUAGUACAUGAUCGAGGAUGUAGUUCUCUUCCUCGCGAAGAUUGUUCUCCUCCUGGUUCUUAAUGAAGGGUGUCUAGUGCGUGAGUCAAACUACAGCAUUCCGCUGCACCGGAACGAAGACGUCAUCGUGGUCCCAUGAUCUUCUAAUUCGGAGCGUCUCUUCGCAGUGAAGAAAGAUAGCGAUUGGUACAAACGGCACGCAUAUCCUUUCCUUUAUGCUCAAUUUGAGACAUCAUGAUCAUUCCUCUAUCAAACAUCAUGAUCAUGAUCCUGACAUCAGGAUCAUCAUUCCUCCUCUAGAAAAUCAAGUUCAAGAUCGUUCUGCAUGCCUGCUACAAAUUCAGAAAAGCUACUUAAACUUAUUUUGCUAAGUAGAAGGGUCAGAAACUACAGAAUCAAACUACUCUCAUGACAACUACUGCUCGAUAACAUAAUUAUGCUAGGAGUCUUACUAAGAGGUCCUCCUGAGCAGGGUCCUCUAGGACUGUCUUAGUUGUAGCACCACCACCCAACACCAGCAAUAUAGCGGCAACAUCCGCGAUCAUGCCCCUCCUUCUUUUCUUCUCCGCUAAUCCUUACUCCGAUUCUUGCUACGCAACGUCCUUUGGGUCCUCGGAUUACGCGGUAACCAAGAGGUAUUGAAGCGCGCGUUCAGUCGGCAUUCAUUGAUCACUAGCAACGUUCCUGGGUACAACGAAGGUGCAGCCUAUCUUCUUGGGAAGAAGAUCCUAGGGAUUUACGUUCCGAUGCCACAGGUGGUCAAUUUUGCGAUGAUUAUGGCAACAAAAAGAAAGUUGUAAAACAAGUAUCAUCAACAUAUUAAGUAGGCAUAAAAACAUGCCAUUUUUAAGUAGCAUCUCAACAUUAUGAUCCUUGGUUGUUUGAGUUCGUCGGUCUAAGAUCCUUGUUUCGUACAACAACGCAGUCUUCGUUACGAUGAGUGUAAAUGGGCAGACAGUUACACGGGCAGAGACCUUGAAGCAGCACUUUCUUGAUGAAUUUCAAGAACUAGUGCGCGUAGCGAUGCAAAAAGCGACACCUGCGGAACAAGAGCAGCUAGUCGGCUAUCUAGAGGGGCAGCACACCAACAGCAGUAGUCCGAUGGCAGUAUUCUAGUGGAAUGGGGUCGAGUGAAUUUGUAUUUGAGUUUCAUAUUUUUACUUCAUAAUAUGUGUGUGCGUUGUAACUGAAUAAUAAGUACCUAUAAAAUAAUAGUGCGCUGGGCCUCUUGUUAAACACCGGCUAGUCGUCCAUUCAUCAUCAUAUUUCUACUCCAUGAUGUUGAUGUGGGUGCUGGUGUAAACAUGGAUGUCAUCGUCGUAAUAUCAUGUUGGAUUAGCUCUAGAAGCAUGUCGUAAAACAUCAAGAGUAUUGAAACAUCAAGACGAGCAUCACAAUCACACAAGGACAUCAAACUUGAGGCAGCUUGGCGCCUCUGUCUCGUUUUAUUCCGAACAGGCUAAGUAACAUAUUAGAGGAUGCACAUGAUUAUAUCAUUUCGGCUCAGCACGAUAUUUGAGGAUGAACAGAGGUGGCAGCAGAUUAUGGAUGCACUAGCACCUAGUACACGACAGGUGAAAAUAUCAUGACCUACAAACAGCAAUUAUUAAGAGAACAUGUAGCACAACAAGCACAUAAGUUACUAUGUUGACUUGAUAUUCAGAUGAUAUCGCACCGACUAAAAUACCGAAGAUUUAACGAUUAACACUAGUACACACCAAAAAACUUCUCAUCGUUACCUCAAGUAGUGCAUACUGAUAUUGACAGACCACACUUCUGAGCUUGAACUAUCUUCUAGUUGUAGCAGUACCAGUAGCUUGGGCUUGCUGUAAAUCAUUGAUUUACUGUUCAUUAUCAUUAACAACUCAUGCUCUUCAAAGAAAUUUGAUGAUCGC